GACUUGUGUUAUGUCCUCUGUGUUUCCCUUCUGGCUUUCUGCCACUCUACUCUUCUCUUUUUCUACCUUAGCUUUCUAUAAACAUUUUUAACAAGCACCUUCCUUCUUUACUUCUUUGUUCCCUCCAUUUCCCUGUUUGAUUGGAUACUUUUACCAUUUUCCACCACAGCCCCAAUAAAACAAAAAAGUACAUUUUUUUUUAUAUUUAUGAAAUGAAAGCAUUUUAAGAUACCCCUCUUGGAGUUUCUUCAAUGUUUUAAGUUCUAGUUUGGCUUUAAACACUUUUCUUGCAUAGUUGACAAAGUUUAUUACUUUCAAGAUUUUGUCAACUCAACUCAUUUUCAAGCAUUUUUUUGGGUUUGAAAGGGUGAUGGGGGUCUUCAAGAACUUGUUUGUGUGAUAAAGUUGUUUUAUUUGUACACUUUGUUAACUCAUUUUCAAGAUUUUAGUUUGUUUAUGUGAUAAAGUUGUUAUCUUUGAUCACUUUGUGUACUCAUUUUCAAGAAAUUUUAGCUUCAAAAGAGUGAUGGGGGUCUUCAAGAACUUGUUUGUGUGACAAAGUUGUUUUCUUUUAACACUUUGUGAACUCAUUGUGUGAUAAAGUUGUUAUCUUUGAGCACUUUGUGUACUCAUUUUCAAGAAAAUUUAGCUAAGAUAGGGGUCUUCAAGAAUUCUAACUAGUUUGUCUAUGUGACAAAGUUCUAAACUUCCAAGAAUUUGUCAACUCAUUUUCAAGAAACUUUUUUGUCUACAAAAAGUGAUGAAGGGUUUCAAGAAUUCAAGAUUGUGUGUGUUAGUUAUCUUCUUUCUCCUCCAUUUUGGUGUUUGGUGCAAUGGUGAUACUGAAAACAUGGGAGCUCAAAUGGAGAAAAAUGAGAUAAAUUCUCUUUACUCAACCAUUCAAGGCUUUGUUGGUAAAUGGUGGAAUGGUUCAGAUCUUUAUCCAGAUCCUUGUGGUUGGACUCCUAUACAGGGUGUAUCUUGUGACCUGUUUGAUGGUUUUUGGUAUGUUACUGACUUAAACAUUGGACCUAUACAUGAUAAUUCUCUAAGUUGUGCACCAAAUGUGGAAUUCAGCUCCAAUCUAUUCACAUUAAAGCACCUAAAAUCUCUCACAUUUUUCAAUUGUUUCGUGUUGCCUCGCCAUCAUCCAACUUCAAUCCCAACAGAGAGGUGGGAGUUUCUUGCUAGUAGUUUGGAGUCACUCGAGUUUCGAUCAAAUCCCGGUCUCAUUGGCCAAAUCCCAAGUACAUUUGGUAGACUCAUAAAGCUCCAAUCUUUAGUACUGGUAGAAAAUGGACUCUCUGGUGAAAUGCCACAAAGUCUUGGGAAUUUAGUGAACUUGAAAAGACUAGUUCUUGCUGGAAACAAACUCAACGGCGAAAUCCCGGAUACUUUUGGAAGGUUCACUCAACUUUUGAUAUGUGAUUUAAGCAGAAACAAACUAUCUGGUGUCUUGCCUAAAUCAUUAUUUGGAGGGUUGAUCUCACUUUUGAAACUUGAUUUGAGUUGCAACAACUUACAAGGCAAAAUCCCACAAGAGAUCUCACAAAUGAAGAAUUUAACACUUUUAGACCUUAGUAACAACAAGUUAUCAAGUGGAUUACCCAAGUCAAUUCAAGAAAUGACAUGUUUGGAGGAGUUAGUCUUGUCAAACAACCCAAUGGGUGGAUUCUUGGAUGUUCUUGAUUGGUAUAACAUGAUAAAGUUAACAACUUUGGAUUUGUCAAACAUGAAUUUGACAGGUGAGAUACCUAAGUCUAUAGUAGAGUUAAAAAAGUUAAGAUUUUUGGGACUUAAUGACAAUAAACUCAUUGGUAAAAUCCCAAAAAAUCUUGAAAAUUUGCCUAAUGUAAGUGCUAUUUACCUAUAUGGUAACAAUCUGACAGGUGAACUUCAAUUCUCUCAAUGGUUUUAUAGGAAAAUGGGAAGGAGAUUUGGGGCAUGGGGGAAUCAAAAUUUAUGUUACACUUUUGGUUUGGUGUCAAGUGAUGUUCCAUUUGGGGUAAAACAAUGUCAACAAGAACUCAAGUUUGUUAUUGAUGUUGAGAUGAACUCAAGUUUUGUGGAUUUUCAAUCUUCAAUGGGAUAUUUGAAUGAUUGUGGGAUUUGGAGAUGUUUUGUAGUUGAACUAUUUAUGGUUAUUCUACUAUUGUUGAAAUGAAAAGAA